AUGGCGGGCGCUUUCGACCCCGACCGGCGACUGGUCACCAUCGGGGAGUUCGGCUCGGACUUUAAGGGUAAGCGCAUACAGGUGUUGUGGCCCGACACCGGCAGCUGGUACAACGCCGAGGUGCGCAAGGUGAACGUCAAGGCCAAGACCGCGAGCCUGUGGUACGUCGAUUCCGAGGAGCUCGAGGACAUCAACCUGUACGAGGCGAUCCUCAACAUGGAGGUGUCGUGGCCCAAGGAGAACUCCCCGGUGGCCACGUCCCCGCUGAAGAGCGGCAAGCGUAAACCCACGGAUGACGAUGACGAUGAGGAGGAGGAAGACGAGUCCGACAGCGACGACGACCUCCCCCUCGCGUCCCUAGCCCCGAAGCGCGCGCCCGCCAAGAAAAAGCCCGCCGAGAAGAAGCCCGCCGAGAAGAAGAAGCGGGCGAAGACCGCCCCGACACCCCACCAGCGCAACCUCGCCGAUCCCCGCACGGGGGUGCGCGAGAACGUCUUCGCCAAGUUCCUCGAGGCGAUGAAGAUGGCGCAGGGCGAGUCCCCGCCCUCGGCACCCCCGAGGGACGACGCCGCACUCGCCACAAUCGCCGCCGACGUCGAGGCGCGCCUGUACGCGUUCAUCGACCCGAAGGAGUACAACGCCAAGGCGCGCACCCUCGUGUUCAACCUCAAGGACAUUCGGAACCCGGGUCUUCGCGCGGAGGUGCUCGCGGGCGUCAUCCCGGCGGAUGAGCUCGUGCGCAUGUCCCCGACGGACCUGGCGAACAAGGACCUGCAGGAGAUGCGCCGCGAGCGCGAGGCGAAGAUCGGCGAGGACGCGUUCCUACCCGACGCGCCCGAGGGCGCGCGGGUGCGGAAGACGCACAAGGGCGAGGAGGUGAUGUUCGACGCGAGGGAGAUUCUGGAGGAUGAGCACGUGACGGGGGACGGGCUCGGGCACAGGGAGACGCCGUCGCUGGCGCCGUCCGACUCGUUCCACACUGGGGUUGACGGGGACGCGUCUGACGCAUCUGAUGGGGACGGGGAACGGGGACCCACCAUGGCGGCGGGGGAACCCGACGAGGGGACCACGCCGAGGGCGCCGUCCGGGAGCCCCCCCGGCACGCCCCCGGGGCGAGACGGCGGCGGCGACGACGACGACGGCGGCGAGCCCGGGGGAAUCAUGCCCAGCUUUGAGCAGUUCGCCGCCGGCGCGGGAUCCGACGAAGACGACGACCGCGCGGCUGCGCCAUCAGACCCCGGAGCCGGGGCGGACAUUGGGGACGAGGACGAGGAGUACGAUCCCGCGAAGGGUUUCGACGACGACGCCGACGACGCAGCUGUUGGGGACGACGACACGGCUGUUGGAGACGACGCAGCCCUCCCCCGCGAACCCUCCCCCGCGCCCGAACCGGCUCCCGCCGCUCGAGACGACCCCCCGCGCCGCACACGAACGGAGCGCGAACACGGCGAAUGGUCCGGGACGGUCCGGUGCCAGGGGCUGCGCGACUGCGUGGUCCGCGCGGUGCCCGUCGGGGGGGAGCGAGCGGAUUUCGCGCCCCUGUUCCCCGCGUCCCUGGAGAUCAAAGGGCGGGUCGCCUUCGACGCCACGCACCGGUUCAUCCGCCAGGUUGUGGACAAGUCGAGGACUCGCGCGGUGACGGCGGCGGUGUGCGGCCCGGACCCGGCGGCGGAUAACUCGGCGUUCAACGACAAGGCUGUGGCGGCGCUCGCGUCGCAGUACGGCAAGCGCGAACGAUGCGGGGUGGCGGAGCCGAUCACCGGGGUGCUCGAGGUGUAUUUCAUCCCCCGGGGCAAGCUCGCGGAUAAGCUCAUGAGCUCGCUCGCGAGAAAGUCCAAGGCGAAGCUCCGGGGCAAGGGGGACAUGCUCAUGGUGGCCGUGCACAAGCGGGGUAUAGGGCCCGACGCGAAGCCCCUCCCCGCGGAACAGCCGCGGGUUCCCCACGCGGCGGACCCCCUCCCGACCGUUCCCGGGGGCCGUGGCACCCCCCCGCCCAACGUAUCGUCAGGCCCUCGGACAGACGACAGGCCGGGCGCCGAGGACAUCCAGGAUCUCCUCAACCAGGUCAACAGCCAGUUCGGGGGUGCUCACCCGCCCGCGGGGAUGCCCCCGCCCCUCGCGCCGCCGCCCCCCCUCGGCGGCGGGCUGAACGUGAUGUCGGGACCCUUCCCCGACGGGGCCCCGCCGCCCAUCCCGGGGUACUCCCCGUCGGGCCGAGGCGGCGCCCCCUUCGACGCCGGUCGCGCGCGCGCGCCCCCGAUGGACUACCCCCCGAGGCCGCCGCAGUACGGCGCCCCGCCCCCCCACGGGUACAACAACGCCGGCGGGGGCUAUCAGGGCGGAGGACCGGGGCCCCCGUAUCGGGGCGGCAGGUCCCCGCCGAGGCGGUCGCCUCCUCGGGGCGGCCCCGGGGGGUUCAGGUCGCCGCCGCGAGACCGAGGCGGGUACGGGAGUGCGGGGUUCGGCGGGCCCCCGCCCGGCCGGGGGUACGAUCGGGGCCCGUCGCCGCCGCGGGACCGCGGCGCGGGAUUCGGCGGGCCGCCGGGCGGAGGUCAGUGGGGCGGCGGCCCCCCGCGGGGUGGGUACGGGCCCCCACCCGGACCAGGGGGUCCACAUCCCCACGGAUACGGCGGGGCACCGCCCCCGCCGCGGGACUAUCGCGGGUACGGCGGAAACGGGGGCGGCCCAGAGCGGAGGAACGUCCCUCCGCCCCCGGGACGGUACCAGUAA